GCGGCUGCUGCGGGGAGCUGUCCAGUGCUGAACCUGGAUCCGGCCCGGCACACGGAGCUCAGACCAGAGGCUGCCGCACCCGGAGGAGCCGAGACCGAGCUUCUGGGAGCGCUGACGCAGAACCCUGGGAGAGAGGGAAGCGACGAGCUCCAAGCCGGGCAUGGACCUGCAGAGAUUCGACUCCUACCAGGGGGGAGCUGGCCCUGACUUCAAUGAGCACGUCCUGCAUAAGACCAUCCUGGUGGGUGACAGUGGCGUGGGGAAGACGUCUCUGCUGGUCCAGUUCGACCAGGGAAAGUUCAUCCCAGGCUCCUUCUCGGCCACCGUGGGCAUCGGAUUCACAAACAAGGUGGUGACUGUGGAUGGUGCGAGGGUGAAGCUGCAGAUCUGGGAUACCGCAGGGCAGGAGCGGUUCCGCAGUGUCACCCAUGCUUAUUACCGAGAUGCCCAGGCCUUGCUUCUGCUGUACGACAUCACCAACAAGUCUUCCUUCGACAACAUCCGGGCCUGGCUCACUGAGAUUCAUGAGUACGCCCAGAGGGAUGUGGUGAUCAUGUUGCUAGGCAACAAGGCAGAUGUGAGCAGUGAAAGGGUGAUACGUUCUGAGGACGGAGAGAUGCUGGCCAGGGAGUACGGAGUGCCCUUCAUGGAGACCAGCGCCAAGACGGGCAUGAAUGUGGAGUUGGCCUUUCUGGCCAUUGCCAAGGAGCUGAAACACAGAGCCGGGCAGCAGGCCGAUGAGCCCAGCUUCCAGAUCCGAGACUACGUGGAGGCCCAGAAGAAGCGGCCCAGCUGCUGUUCCUUCCUGUGAAUCCCAAGGGGCUGAGACGAGGCUCCAGGAGCCCAUGAGGAUGCCUUCUCCCCCAGAUCUGAUAGGUUCUGAGCAGCUGAGCCAAUGGGGAAGAGAGCUGGGGACCCAGUACACAGCCCCUUCCCAAGGGGCCUACCCUACUUCCUGUAGCUUCCCUGCACCCCAGAGAGGGUAAAAUAUUUAUAUUGUGUUUUAAUGAUACAUAAUUUAAUACAAAAAAAGGGCGCCAGUGACCCUGUUCCCGCCCUCACUACAGCUGGAGAGGCCAAGAAGACCUCAGCCUUCAUUUCCUCUAGCUCCCUAGGGACCAAUCUUCCCCCAAAUAACAUGGGCCCUUGUGCUGUGCUGGGAGCUAGACCAAAGCUUAUCUCUCAUCAGGGAAGAUAAAAAAAUGUGGAGAUCAGGCUGGGGCCCAGCUCCCUAGGAGGGGGAGAGAGGAGUAGCAGAGAUUGGGUCUGUCUGGCUCCCUCUGGCCUUACCGGCCCCGCUCCGGGAGGUGUAUUCCUUUUCCUCCAGCCCACAAGCACACGGGGGCACCGGGAAACAUUUGGUUCUUAUUCUCUGGACCUCAGAUCCAGGGAGUCCCUCCUUCCUGAAUCCCUGAUCUUACCUACCUUUCUGCCUAUGACCCUACACACCUAAGGUCAUAGCAAGGGAAAGGUUGUUUUCCUGUCCCAACCCUUCGGCAGGUAUGCAGCCCACAGGCUACUUGUUCCAGUAGCCUUAGUGCUUCCACUAGGUAAGGAGCCAGAUGAAAAGAAACCCCUGACUCCUAGAGCAGGUUGGAAGAAAAUCUGAGAAAACCUCACUCUACACGUGUCCCCCUAAACCAAACGCUGCCUCUCACCUGACCACCCAUGCCCUUUUCUUCUGAGACAGACACCAGGGCCCAAACUGCUUUAUCUCCCCUCCUUUUGAGCCAGGUUAGGGAAUGAGAGGUCAUCCAUUUCUGGGUAAACCAACAAUGACAUGUGCAAAACAAGGUCACGUGGGUAAGCCUGGGGUGGGGAGAGAGAGGGGCAGCAAGGAGUUUAUGUGGGGCCAAGGUCAUGUGUCUCCCAAAGCCCCGACCUCAGCAACCAGAAGGGAAUAGGAGACAUGCAUGUCCUGACCUAGAGGCUCUCCAGGCCAGGGGUGGGAGAGAGGGGCGAGAAAGAGGUAUGCACUGAACAUGUCUGAGGCUUUCAAGGCAGAAAUCUUGCUGUCUGAGUAGUCGGCAGCUCCAACUUGGGCCUGAUAAGGAAGCUCUCCAAGGCCUCUCCCAGGCAGAAUAAGGAGGAGCCUGACCUUGCCCAAGGCAGGUCGCAGGGGAUCCAAUCACCCAGGCUGCUCUGGGCCUCUAGCAUUUGUGUUUUCCAGAAUUAAAUUGCAAUAUUUUGGAAAGUACACCCUGUCCACUGCUUCUUUGAGACGCGCAUGGGAGGGGGGAGAAAACUUAGCGUGUGUUGGAGGAACUGUCGUUGACUUCCAAAAUUAUUUGGUCCUCAUCCUUCAGUGUCCCCAAGUGGUCACCUCACCCUUGACAGAUUGCCCCCCAGCCUGUGAUCAGCCUCUCACCUGUAAGGAGCUGAAAGAAGGCCUAUCUUACCGUCCUAAUCGAGUUUUCUUUCUCUAUUGAAGAAAGCUAAGCUUCCCUUCCCUGUAGCCU